AUGAGGAGCGCGAAACGCCGUCACGUGGGGGUCGGGGGAGCGGAGGGGGCGGAGGGGGCUGAGGAGGGGGCGGGGCCUCGUCUCGUGCUGGGAGUGGACGUGGGCACGAGUUCCGUGAAGGCGACCGUGCUGGAUCCGAGCCGUACCCGAGCCGAGCCGCUCGCGAGCCGCGCUCGCCCGACCCGCGCCGACGUCGCGAGCCGCGAGGCGCCCGGUCACGGCCGUGAGCAAGAUGUGGGCCUCAUCAUGGCGGCGCUGGAGCAGUGCCUGCUGGAGCUGCCGGCGGGGCUGAUCAGUCGCGUCGGCCUUGUCGGUGUCUCGGGCCAGAUGCACGGCGUGGUACUCUGGCGGUCCGGCCAAGGUUGGCGCUACCGUCCCUCCAAGCGAGAAGCCGCCGACGCCGACGCCGACGGCGGCUGUGCCGACGCCGCCGCCGGCUGUGCCGACGCCGCCGCCGCCGCCGCCGCCGACGCCGACGGCGGGCAGGGCGGAGCGGGCAGCUGGUUCGACGUGUCUGAGUGCUCGCGGCUCGUCACGUGGGAGGACGCCCGCUGCACCCCCGACUUCCUCUCCGCGCUGCCGGCGCCCCGACCGGGAGCCUGCGCCGUCGCCUCCGGCUACGGCUGCGCCACUCUCGUGUGGCUCGCCCGGCACGCGCCCGGCGCGCUGCGGGACUACGACUGUGCGGGGACCGUGCAGGACCUGCUGGUGUCCGCGCUCUGCGACCUCCCGAGUCCCGUCAUGACCGCUCACAACGCCGCCAGCUGGGGAUACUUUGACGCGCAGGCUGGCGCCUGGGACAUGGAGGGCCUGCGGCUAGCCCGCUUCCCCUCCCGGCCGCCGCUGCCUUCGCUCGUGCCUGUGGGCAGCGUGGCCGGCCGUACGUGCUCCGACCUCUGCGGCCUGCCCCGGGGUACCGAGGUCGGCGCGGCGCUGGGAGACCUGCAGGCUGCCGUCUACGGCUGCCUGGAGAGGCACACGGAUGCCGUCCUCAACAUCGGCACGUCGGCGCAGCUGGCCUACGUCCUCCCGCCCGGCCUCCAUCCUCCUCCUCCUCCUCAUCCUCCUCCUCCUCCUCCUCGUCCUCCUCCUCCAUCGUCGUCGUCAUCGCUGACCGCCGACCGCCCACCUCCACACGCGGCUCCGGACGACUCCAACGCGGGCGGUUCCCCUUGGCCGUGCGGCGGCGGCGGUGGUGGUGGUGGUGGUGGCGGUGGCGGUGGCAGUGGUGGUGGCGGUGGUGGCAGUGGUGGCGGUGGUGUUGGUGAUGGCGUGGUGAGGGACGUGCUCCCGUACGUUGGCGACCGGCGUCUGUGCGUCGCAGCGUCCCUCAAUGGCGGCAACGUCCUCGCCAUGUUCGUCGACACGCUGAGGUCGUGGGUCGCCGACCUCGGCCUCGAGCCUCCAGCAGCAGACGACCUCUACGUGACCCUCAACCGUCUGGCCAGCGCCAUUGAGGACGAACCGGAGCCUCCUCCGGACCUUCCUCCGGAUCUUACGGUCCGCCCCGGCGCUCCACACGGCAAGCAGGAAACUCCGACUCCGGAUCCGGAUCCCUCGAUCCGCCCCGGCGCUCCACACGGCAAGGAGGAAACUCCGGCUCCGGAUCCGGAUCUUACGGUCCGCCCCGGCGCUCCACACGGCAAGCAGGAAACUCCGGCUCCGGAUCCGGAUCCCUCGAUCUGCCCCGGCGCUCCACCCGGCAAGCAGGAAACUCCGGAUCCAGAUCCAUCGAUCCGCCCCGGCGCUCCACCCGGCAAGCAGGAAACUCCGGCUCCAGAUCCAUCGAUCCGCACCGGCGCUCCACCCGGCAGUCAGGAGACUCCGGCUCCAACAACCCGGGCUCCGGCCGGGGCUCCGACUCCUCCGGCUCCGGCUCCGGCUCCCCGCCUCGCGAUCCGCCCCACGGUGUUCGGCGAGCGUGGCUCCCCGGCGUGGCCGGGCGGCGUCGUGUCGCUGAGCGGCGUCGCCGUUCCGGGCCCUCGCCUGGGACGCGUCUGGCGCUCGCUCUGCCGCGGCCUCGUCGAGAACCUGGCCGGGACGGGGGUCGGGAGGUGCCGGGGCGGGGGCCUCCCGCCGUUGCCACCGGGGACGGAGCGGGUGCUGGCCGGGGGCUCGGCGCUGCUGAGGAACUCGACGCUGGCGCGGGAGGCGGCGAGGGCCCUGGGGACGCCGGCCGUGGAGGCGACGCCGACGGUCGACUCGGCCGUGGGCAGCGCCAGGCUGCUGUGGGACGUCAGCGGGGCUGGGGGCGGGGCCUGGGGGGCGGAAGCUUCUGAUUGGUCGAGACGGUGAUUUUUGCGCCUGAUUGGUCGAGACGGAGAUUUUUGCGCCUGAUUGGUCGAGACGGAGAUUUUUAAGCCUGAUUGGUCGAGACGGUGAUUUUUGCGCCUGAUUGGUCGAGACGGUGAUUUUUCUCCUGAUUGGUCGAGACGGUGAGUUUUCACUUGAUUGGUCGAGAUGGUGAUUUUUCACUUGAUUGGUCGAGUUGAUGAUUUUUCACUUGAUUGGUCGAGAUGGUGAUUUUUCACUUGAUUGGUCGAGUUGAUGAUUUUUCUCCUGAUUGGUCGAGAUGAUGAUUUUUGCACGUGAUUGGUCGAGACGGAGAUUUUUGCGCCUGAUUGGUCGAGACGGUGAUUUUUGCGCCUGAUUGGUCGAGACGGUGAUUUUUCUCCUGAUUGGUCGAGACGGUGAGUUUUCACUUGAUUGGUCGAGACGGUGAUUUUUGCGCCUGAUUGGUCGAGACGGUGAUUUUUCACUUGAUUGGCCGAGUUGAUGAUUUUUCUCCUGAUUGGUCGAGAUGAUGAUUUUGGUUGAGAUGAUGAUUUUUGCGCCUGAUUGGUCGAGUUGAUGAUUUUUCACUUGAUUGGUCGAGACGGUGAUUUUUGCGCGUGAUUGGUCGAGACGGUGAUUUUUCACUUGCUUUGUCGAGUUGAUGAUUUUUCUCCUGAUUGGUCGAGUUGAUGAUUUUGCUACUGAUUGGUCGAGACGAUUCUUCUCCUGAUUGGUCAAGAAGAUGCUGAUUGGUCAAGAGGAUGAAAGAUGAUGAUGAUGAUUUUGCGACUGAUUGGUCGAGUUGAUGAAUUUGCGACUGAUUGGUCGAGACGGUGAUUUUUCGCUUGAUUGGUCGAGUUGAUGAUUUUUCUCCUGAUUGGUCGAGAUGAUGAUUUUGGUCGAGAUGAUGAUUUUUGCGCCUGAUUGGUCGAGACAGUGAUUUCUCAAUUGAUUGGUCGAGUUGAUGAUUUUUCACUUGAUUGGUCGAGUUGAUGAUUUUUGCGCCUGAUUGGUCGAGAUGAUGAUUUUGCGCGUGAUUGGUCGAGACGGUGAUUUUUGCGCGUGAUUGGUCGAGACGGUGAUUUUUCACUUGAUUGGUCGAGUUGAUGAUUUUUCUCCUGAUUGGUCGAGAUGAUGAUUUUGCGCGUGAUUGGUCGAGACGGUGAUUUUUCACUUGAUUGGUCGAGUUGAUGAUUUUGCUGUUGAUUGGUAGAGAUUAUUAAUUUGUGACUGAUUGGUCGAGACGGUGAUUUUUCACUUGAUUGGUCGAGUUGAUGAUUUUUCACUUGAUUGGUCGAGUUGAUGUUUUUUCUCCUGAUUGGUCGAGACGAUGAUUUUGUGCCUGAUUGGUCGAGUUGAUGAUUUUGCGCCUAAUUGGUCGAGAUGGUGAUUUUGUGCCGGAUUGGUCGAGACGAUUUUUCUCCUGAUUGGUCAAGAGGAUGCUGAUUGGUCAAGAGGACGGUGAUUGGUCAAGAGGAUGAAAGAUGAUGAUGAUUUUGCUCCUGAUUGGUGGAGAUGAUGAAUUUGCGACUGAUUGGUCGAGACGGUGAUUUUUGCGCGUGAUUGGUCGAGACGGUGAUUUUUGCACCUGAUUGGUCGAGACGAUGAUUUUUCACUUGAUUGGUCGAGUUGAUGAUUUUUCACUUGAUUGCUCCUGAUUGGUCGAGAUGAUGAUUUUGCGCGGGAUUGGUCGAGAUGAUGAUUUUGCACCUGAUUGGUCGAGUUGAUUAUUUUUCUCCUGAUUGAUCAAGAGGACGCUGAUUGGUCAAGAGGACGCUGAUUGGUCAAGAGGAUGAAAGAUAAUGAUGAUGAUUUUGCUCCUUAUUGGUUAAAAUGAUGAUAUUACUUCUGAUUGGACAAAAUGAUGAUGGUUUUUCUCCUGAUUGGUCGCGAUUAAAUGAUUUCGCUC